UCUGUAAUGUUCGAAACCAUUUUAAAUUCUCUUGUAAUCGAAUUUGCUUUUUCUCAAUUGAACGACAACCAAGUGAUUGAUUCCAAGCGAGUGGAGUCACCCACUUGAAUUCUCCUCUUACAUUUUCUAUUUAUAGCCCCAAAUGCACCCCAGCAAAAUCACGCUGCGAUCGCUUCCUCUAGCUCGGAUUUUUACUUGGAUAAAACAAAAUAAUACGAUCCGGCGUCGAAUUAUUGAAGCCUAGUGGGCCGACAUGGUUUACAACAGUAAUGGAAACGACCAGCAGACUGAUAAUGGAGCUGUGCUGCGGAGCGGAAGAGAAAUCCUUCUUCAGGCUUUUAACUGGGAGUCACAUAAGCAUGACUGGUGGAGAAAAUUGGAGAAGAAAGUUGCUGAUAUUGCGAAAUCUGGGUUUACCACAGCAUGGUUGCCGCCGCCUACUAACUCCUUCGCACCCGAAGGUUAUCUUCCACAGAACCUUUAUAACCUCAACUCUUCAUAUGGUUCCGAGCAACUCUUAAAGGCUUUACUUGAAAAGAUGAAGCAGUACAAUGUUAGAGCAAUGGCUGACAUUGUUAUCAAUCACCGGGUUGGAACAACGCAAGGGCACGGAGGAAUGUACAAUCGUUAUGAUGGAGUUCCAUUAUCGUGGGAUGAACGUGCUGUUACAUCUUGUACUGGUGGAUUGGGUAAUCGAAGCACUGGUGACAACUUCAAUGGGGUUCCAAAUAUUGACCAUACUCAACAUUUUGUUCGAAAAGACAUAACUGCAUGGCUGCAGUGGUUACGUAAGAAUGUUGGCUUUCAGGAUUUCCGUUUUGAUUUUGCAAGAGGUUAUUCUCCAAAAUAUGUGAAAGAAUACAUUGAAGGAGCGAAGCCCAUAUUUUCAGUUGGAGAGUACUGGGAUUCUUGCAAUUACAAUGGCCAUUUUUUGGAAUACAACCAAGACAGCCAUAGGCAGCGGAUAGUCAAUUGGAUUGAUUUAACAGGCCAGCUCUCAGCUGCAUUUGACUUCACAACAAAGGGAAUUCUUCAGGAAGCUGUAAAGGGGCAAUUCUGGCGUCUGCGUGACCCGCAAGGAAAGCCACCAGGUGUAUUGGGAUGGUGGCCCUCGAGGGCUGUCACAUUCAUUGAUAAUCAUGACACAGGCUCAACACAGGCUCAUUGGCCUUUCCCUUCGGAUCAUAUUAUGGAGGGUUAUGCUUACUUACUUACACAUCCAGGGAUGCCGACAGUUUUCUACGAUCACUUCUACGACUGGGGUAAUUCUAUUCAUGAGCAGAUUGUGAAAUUGAUUGACAUUCGGAAGCAUCAAGAUAUCCACAGCCGAUCAUCUAUCAGGAUUUUUGAGGCCCAGCCAAACCUUUAUUCUGCAAUUAUUGGUGAGAAGGUGUGCAUGAAGAUUGGGGAUGGUUCCUGGUGCCCAGCGGGCAAGGAGUGGACGCUUGCAACCUGUGGCCACCGAUAUGCCGUGUGGCAAAAAUAAUCCUCCUCUUUCCACCCCUAGUAGUUGCCCCCAGUUCUGCUAUUUUCUUUACGGGGAGGAUGGGUGCAGAAUGUAUGGCAGAGGCGAGAGGCCACUUCUACAGCCUACCAAAAUAGUACAAAUAGUGGAUGAGUGAUGCCCUUUUCGCAUUGGAAAUCACUGUACUAAUAAAAAUAAAAUCCAGUGCUUUGAAGCA